AUGACGUUGGACUUGAACCCUUGCAAUAAUAACGAGAACUCCACAAAGAAACUGAAACUCCAGCCAACCAUUUUGACGUCUCCCGACCUAAGCAUGCUCGAGUUCAACUCUCCCCAAUUAGAAUCGUUCGACUUAUCCCAACAAACUACCCUUGGUCAUAUUAUCAGCACACCCACGCCGUCUCUAAUUCUAAAGUCCGUGACCAUGGAACAAAAAUUGUAUGUUCAACCGUUCGUCGAGGCGCUCCAAUGCACACACCACAAUGAGAACUCUAACGGUGAUAUUCAAGUAGAUAUACCAAUGACAGACAGUGAUAUUAAUUCUUCGGAAUACCAAUCGGAACCGCAAAACUUUGUGUUAGUGACUUCAAAUGACUUUUCCAAUUUUAUGCCUCUUGAUGUAGAAGAACCUCAGAUUGUACCCAGUGUCACGUCUUCGCCACCACCCAUGUCACCAACCGACAUUGAAUACCAAGAAAAAAUCAAACUCGAAGAGAAAAGAAAAACGAAUCGUGUUGCUGCGUCCAAAUGCCGCCUAAGAAAAUUAGAGCGUAUAGCCAAGCUAGUGGAUAAUAUUAAAGUACUGAAAAAUGAAAAUAAUGUACUUACCACAGAAUUGAGCAGUGUCUUGGAGCAGAUAUGUCAAUUAAAACAAACAAUUGUUGAACACAUGAAAAAUAGAUGUGAAUUUCCAACUGCUGUGGCCUAUGAAUUUUAUAGGGAACUUCAUUUGUAUUUGCCUCAGACGGAAAAUCAGUUCAAAAAGUCACAACAAAUAUGUUAA